UUAAUAUUUCAAUCUAUUCAAAUAUCAAAGGGAUCAAAAUAAACAAUUGAGGACAGCCCCUCCUUUUUGAUUAUCUUAUCUAAGUACAAAGCACAGAGUAGGCUGAUUAAAACCGAAAAAAAGUUCCUUGCUGUCGGUCUGUCGGUCAAUCAGUUCGGGUUGUGGCAUUCUUAUCUCUCGGGAAAGAAACAUAUCGCAAAGCCUAAACCGUAGGAAAGCGAAAGAGCUUCGAUCAUUUACACAACUAAGCUUACUCUUUUUACUAUUAUCAUGUCGGCGCCGGCGAUCAAUUUUACACAGCAGGAGAAACCAAGUGAGCCUAGUACUAAUGGCACAUCUUCUACUGGUCAGCAGCAAUCCAAGUUGCAGAAUGGAGGAAACCACAAGAGAAUUUAUCAAGCUUGCAUCCCAUGUCGUCGUCGCAAAGUGAGAUGUGAUUUAGGAAGUGUCGAUAAUCCGAGUGAUCCACCAUGUGUACGAUGCCGACGCGAAAGUAAAGAAUGUUUUUUUUCAGCCACGAGAAGAAAGAGGAAGGCGGAUGGCAGUAGGGAAAAUAGUGUUGAAGAUGAAUAUGCCGAUGACUAUGUGACGCGCAAUGGUCGAAAGAUGGUUUCCGGCUCUCCCCCCGCAACCUUCAGACAAAACUCCAUGGGAGCUCCCCCUUCUGCUCGAUCGACAAGCAACGCCUUUGCUGAUAGUGCGCGCAUGGAUCCUGGACCUCCUCUUACUCCAGGUGGUUCUAUUGGAAGAACUCAGCCUCUACGAAGACCUCAAUCGGAAUCGCGACAACAAGAAGAAAGAGAUCAGAACGUAGAGAACCCAGAAGCGCAAGAAGUUAUGAGACAGGAGGUUUAUGGCCCUCAUGAUGCUUUGGAUCUUCUUUACAAGGCUGCUACUGAUAGUCCAGGUCACAAAAGAGCACGACUAGAUAGUAAUAGCCAAGAAUCUCCAAGAAUUGGCCACAGAGCACAAUCUGCCUCUCAGAGCUAUCAAGGCCCUGCAACUCAGCAUACUUCAUUUCCUAUAAGCCAUAUGCGACACACAACCACACACGCGGAAUCUUCCAUUGAUCCUACGUUGACAACUGGCGAUACCGUUCCACUAGACAAAGAUCAUGAUCUGGGAUACCAGGAUGCAAUUAAAGCUUGGUCAAGAUUUAGAUUUGUUCGCGCAGGAUGGUUCACCGCAGCGGAGGCUAUUCAAUAUAUCACAUACUAUUACGAAUUCUUGUCGCCACUAACACCUAUCUCUCCCCCUACUUUUAAAGAGCCUUACACUCAUCCUAUGCUUCUAGUCGAAGAACCAAUUCUCACAGUGACAUUAUUGACAAUCUCAAGUCGGUACAUGGAAAUGUCUGGAGCUGGAGGGCAUUCUAGAUCGUACGCGAUCCAUGAACAGCUUUGGACUUACUUGAGAGGCAUGAUCGAGAGAUGUCUGUGGGGCCAAGAAGCAUUCGGUGGUGGAUUUUGUGGUUCCGGCGCGGAGGCUUCUCUCACAUCAAGCACUGCACCAUGGAGAGGACUUCGGAAAGGCAGUCUUCGUACUCUCGGUACAAUUGAGAGUCUUAUGAUCUUGACAGAGUGGCAUCCGCGUGCUCUGCACUUUCCUCCUGCGGAAGCCACUGAUGAACUCAUGUUACCAGUUCCUGAUAAGGAAGAUGCUUUCACUACUGACGAAGAAGGCAAACACCAUCUACCUGGCGGUGUUGGCGGGCGAAGAAUCGAAGGCUGGCUAGAACCUGCGUGGAGAAGUGAUCGAAUGUGCUGGAUGUUGUUGAGUACCGCCAUGGGUCUCGGCUACGAAUUGGGUGUUUUUGAUGAUAUUGACGAGUCGCUGGCUGAUGGUGGAGAAAUGACACGACCAGAAUACAACGAAGAGUCAUAUCGAAUAAGAGCCGCGAGAAUCAAGCGACUGGUACUGAUAUAUGUCACGCAAUUAGCUGGACGUUUAGGUUGGACCAAUAUGGUUCCUGAACACCUGCGGAAAACUGAUCCUGCAUUUGCUCCACGAAAACGUAGACUAUCAAUUGAUGGUAAAACCCCCGACACCAAUACAACCUCUGUUACAAAUUUUAAUUACAUUCCCGAUUUAGAAUUGGAUGAUCAGAUUAUUCAUUGCUGGGCCGGGAUUAGUAAUGCCAUGCGCAUGGGCAAUGAAAAGAUCUUUAGAUCUAGGCAAUACACGACCAAAAUCAUCCAGGAUGGUAGCUACACGGACCUUUUGAAGGAUUUUCAACCAAUGUUAAGUUCGUGGAAACGAGAAUUCGACAGAUUUGGAUUGCCUCUCUACAUUCGACAUAUUCUGACCAUAGAGUACGAGUACGUCAGAAUAUACAUAAAUUCUCUCUCUUUGCAGGCUGUUGUUGAAAGAUGCACAAGCAAUGCAACCAAUCGAACAAACACCUCAAAUGAUUUAGGUUUACCACUAGGAAGUGCCAUGUCCCCAGAGACACAAAAUUACUUUGGAAAGCUACCAUUAGCGAGACUCGGUGGUUUUGGAGCGACUGAUCAGGGAUAUGUCAGAGAAGUUGUCGAGGGAUGCCGCAACCUAUUACGAACCGUCGUAGAGGGACUUCUACCAAACGAUUACCUGAAGCAUGCUCCUGUUCGAACAUAUUUCCGGAUCAUAAGUGGUGCCAUGUUUUUGUUGAAAACCUUCGCAUUAGGAGCAUCUAAACAUGACGUUGAGAUCAGCAUCAGCCUCAUGGAUUCUGCGGUCAAUGCGCUUCGUACUUGUGUAGUCGACGACGUCCAUCUCGGCAUUCGCUUUGCGGAACUGUUGGAGACAUUGACCAAGCGACUGCGUAGUCGCUUCAUUAGCGCCCCCGAAGCACCUCCCCUCGCAGGAGAACCUGCAAGUAGAAGUCGCACUCCCGCACCAGCUCAUGACGCAGAUCCGAAUAAGUUGAGACGUGGCCCAGCUGAUCCGGUUCGAGAUUGGAAUGAUGGCAUGCCCAAUUACCAUGUAAAUGGUCCAGAUCUCAAUCUCUCCGCCACGCCCUAUGAUCUCAACCAAGGAGAUUUCUACGGCCGCACGCAUUACCCUGCAGCUCACGGAGGUCCAAACUUCAACAGUGACUCCAUCAAUUCCAUGUUCGGCAUGUCAGGCUCUAGCAACGAUUGGGGUAACAACAAUAGUAGCGACGAAAUGUGGUAUUUACCACCCGGAUCCGCCUUCUAUCAAGAUCUCAAUAGUCAGGUAAACAUCACGCAGACGGCGGAUGGCGUUAACGUGGGUGGUAUGGAUUUGCUGGAUUACAUGGCGUUGGAUAAUGCGUUCCCGAGCGAUGGACAGGUUUUACAUUAAUUGAUUGUAGAUGAUUCUGCAGAUGAUUCAAAGGGGUGAGGGUGGCGUGAGUCCUUUUAUGGCGACGGCAAGGCAAAUGAUACCAAGGAGUGUGUUGGGAGGUCUAAAGGGCUUUGGGAGGUCUGGUUUUGGUUCUGCUUUUGCGUGCCUUGGCAUUGAUGGCUGGGUGGGGGGUGUC